CCUCGCUGGGGAGGGGACUAGGCAGCGUGUGUGUGUCGCACGAAGUUGAGCGCAGCCCGGAGUUGGCGGACUUUCGCCUCCCACUGGGUGGGGAGUGGGAGCCUUUAAGAGCGGCUGGGAGCGCGUUGGGCAGCUCGUGUCCAGCGGCGGCUGCCUGCGGGUCCCAGCGGGAUCCAGCCAGGAGCGCUGCGGAGGAGGCCGCCAGGGGCCCUUGCUGUGCUCCCCGCCAUGGGAGAGGAUGGGGUGCAGGCCGAGCGGAGCGGCGCCCACGCUCCGCCGAGCCCCGAGGAGCAGCUGGAGCAGAGCCCCAGCCCGGAGCCCUCGGGCAGCCCCAGCCCGCUGCCUGCCUCGCCGGGAGAGGCGAUCCGGGACGGCUCGCAGGUGAACGCCAUCACCGUGCUCACCCUGCUGGACAAGCUGGUGAACAUGCUGGACUCGGUGCAGGAGAAGCAGCUCAGGAUGGAGCAGCGGCAGAUCGAGCUGGAGGGCUCGGUGAAGGGCAUCCAGGGCGACCUGAGCAAGCUGUGCAAGCACCACACCUCCACCAGCAACGCGGUCAGCAAGCUGCUGGAGAAGUCGCGCAAGGUCAGCGCGCACACCCGCGAGGUGCGGGAGCGCAUGGAGCGCCAGUGCGCGCAGGUCAAGCGGCUGGAGAACAACCACGCGCAGCUGCUGCGCCGCAACCACUUCAAGGUGCUCAUCUUCCAGGAGGAAAAUGAGAUUCCUGCCAACGUGUUUGUGAAAGAACCCGUUCCCAGUAUUACAGAAGGAAAGGAAGAGUCUGUGGAUGAGAACAAAACUCUGGAAGAAACCUUGCAUACGGUGGAGCUGUCGUCCGAUGAUGAAAUGCCUCAUGACGAAGAUGGUCUGGAUGACAGCGUAGAGGAAAAAAUGGGAGAAUCAAGAGCUGAGAAGAUAAAAAGAUCAAGCCUCAAGAAAGUGGACAGCCUCAAGAAAGCAUUUUCUCGCCAAAAUAUUGAGAAAAAGAUGAACAAGAUCAGCACAAAAAUUGUCUCAGUUGAACGACGGGAGAAGAUUAAGAAAUCGCUCACUCCACAUCAUCAGAAAUCCUCCUCCUCCAAAAGCUCCUCUUUCAAAGUGUCUCCCCUCACAUUGAACGUGAAGAAAGUCCAUGAAGGAGAGACCCCUGCUGAAAAUGAGGACAAACCAACAGAAACUACAAGCAGUGAGCAGGCAGCGAAUGAGGAGGAGACCUCAUUUACUGAGGGGCUCUUGGAUAUCACACCUCCAACUUCUCUAAUUGAGGAAGGCAAAGCAAUAGCUGAUUCUCUAGAGAAAGAAAGCAGAGAAGGGGACGUGAUGAUAAACAGCAACAUUGAGCUCUCAAUUGUUGAAGAUGAUGAAGAAUAUGGGACAGCACUAGAAGUUUCUAGCCAGAGACUGUAUGAUGAAAGAAACAAACCAACCAGUGGGGAAACAGAACAAUCUGAUGAAGAAUCAACUCAAGCAGCUGUUCUCCAGAUAGACCAAACUGCAUAAUAAAUCUGAGCCUUCCUUUGUGUUCAGAAAUGCAAACAGGUUUAGUUAAGCAAAGAAGCAGUGUAUAUUUCUGUUACACAUACAAUGUAUCGGGUGACAAUGAUUAAGUUUGUUGUUUUCUGUGCAGUGCUAAUGUAUUGCAUAGUAUUGAGAAGCAGAGUAAACAAGGUCUACUAUGCAGGCAACCUACAAGGUGCUCCAUUCCUAUACUAGGUCAAACAGCUGGUAAUAUUAAUUUAGAGUUGCUGCAGUCAGUUGCAAUUGGAGAGAUCAGGAAAAGAACCUGACCAGUGGAGGCAGGCUGGUCAACUGGAUUUUUAAGUUAGAUCAAGGAAGUGCUUGGAUAGUAGUCAAGAAAUAUUUUUUUUCCCUCUUAUUGCAGUAUUUUGUAGCUGUGUAGUAGUUUUUAUAUAAACUUAAUGUCACUGAACACUCUAGCUUAGCUUACCUUGCCUUGCCAUGUCCUGGAUAUGCUAAUGGAUUCAAUAAUUGUUGUAUAUACCUGCAUAUUUUAUUUUGGGCAUGGCUCCAUUUUACAUUCUGACUAGAAGAGGGUGAAAUCCUGCCUCCUGAAAUCAGGGGAGUUUUGCCAUUGAGUCAGUGGGGCCGGGAUUUCACCCAGAGUCUUUUGUUAGUCACUUAAUAGAAACAACUGUGUUUAUAUGGCAAAGGGAGACAGGAUUUUGUAAUUUACAGCAGUUUAUAGAAAUAGAUGACUGACGAGGAUGUAUGUGUAACUAGCUACAGUACUUACCAUGAGAUCUUAGGUAAUGCUUGGCAAAAACAGUGACAGAGAUAGAAACAAGGGAUGAUACGAUAGAAACUUAGAGGCGAUAUGAUGAAAGAGCAGAAGGGGAGAAUGUGAAAAAGAAACGGAAAAAAUCUCUACUGCCAGUAUAAAGAAUAUACACUCAAAUAACACAAUUAAAUUUCUACUUAUUCCUUAGAGCAGUAUAUUUUCCAUCUUUGCACCUGUACUUAAGAAUAUUUUGAAAAUAGCAUAAUUUAUCUAUAUAAAGAUUUUCAUAUAUGUAAUGCUAUACCUACAGAAUAGUUACAUAGUUACAGGGAUGUAAGGACAAGGUAAAGUUUCGUGUUUCUGGUCAAGAUGUUAAAGGAUAACAGUAUGUUGUGGUUUUAACUGUUUGGCAAAGAGGCCAAUUUAUACAAUCCGUGGGGUUGGAUUCUCCACUAAUGUUACAACUUUCACACACAAAAAAUCCUAUAUAUUCUCAAAUUACAGGUUGCAAAUUUUGAAAAGGCAUUAAAAAUGAGGGGUUAAAGAAAUUUCAUUCCCUUUGAAUUUUCAUUCCAGCUAUUUAUAAAUGAAAAAAGAAAAAAAAAGGAAACCCUUAGUUGCCUUACAUCCAUGUUAUAUUUAUGCAUUGUUUGUUUGUUUUCUGUUGUUUCCUGAAUACUGAAUUCUUGUUACAUAACAUUGCACUAACAUGUUGCUUCCUUCCUUGUAUUAAAAUUACAAAUGAUUUAAAGUUUUCUAAGAAAAAAAUACACAGUACAGAAUGCUUACCAGAGCUCACACCAUGGAGGGAAGCAGUCUCUUGAACCAGUAAAUCGCACUGGAAAUUAGCCUAUAAGCAUAGCGGAUUUUAAACAGGCACUGUUAAAAGUUAAGCUCUUUAUUAUAUAGUAUCACACAAGAACUAUCAUCUGUAAGCAGAAUGAUGACAUAAUCCAUGCAGCUACAUUAUUUUGUAUUAACCAAAAUGUAACUCAGUUAUUCAAUACUUGUACUAACUACAGAUGUGAUAAGUAAAUAAACAAAAAAAAUCAAACUAAUACAACCAUGUCAGUGUUUGGGCAAAGAACUGAGAGAGGUUGGUAAAAACAAAAUUAAAGACUAAACAUUUACUACUUGGUUUAUGUCCCAAUUGACCCAAUAACAUUUAUUUCUUGUUCCCUUGUUCUUAUUUAGAAAUCCAAGCACCAUUUCUCAAAUUUAACUUUUCAAACAUCACCUUGCCAGCUUGCUAAAGCAUCUGAAUAUUUUCAGACAGCUUCGUAAAUUUGAUAGUUCCAUCUGCAUUUUUAUUGCAUUGUACUAGACUUUUAAUACUUUAAAUACUCCUACAAGCAUAAUUGUAUUGAACUGUACAUUUUGUUUAGUCACACAGAUAAAUUUGUGUCUUCUAGAGUGCCACAUAGCCUUAGUAGACUUAAUUUUACUGACAGGCCAAAGCAUACAUGUUUAACCUUUAUGGAACAAUUGUCAACUUCUUGCAGCCAUGAAAUGCUAGCUAGGGAACCGAACAAUGUCUGUUUUGUUUCUCCUUAUAAGCUUUAAUUCAAACAGUACUACUGAAAAAAAUGGCAGUCAGACACUUUUUGUUAUGUUUUACAGACACUGGACUUAAUUACAUGCUCGGUGUUCUAAGAGCUUUAAAACCCCAUACAGUAAGAACUCCAGGUGUUCAGCACCUUUGAAAAAUCAGCCCAAUAGAUAAUUAGUACAAAUAAUUACUUCAAGAAACAUCGUAUACACAGGGAUUAGUCGUAGGGCCAGAACUAAACUUUUUUCUAAGAUUUUAUAUUUAUACAUUUACAAGGACCAACAGGUCUGUAAUCCUAGCAACAUAAAAUUAUCUUUGUAUAAAAUUCAUAAGUUUAUUCUGUUGUCUGCUAUCUGCUUUAUUGCAUCCCAUAACUCAGCUUGGAACAAAGGAAUUUCUCUAUCUUAAAGUCCCUUUCUGUCUUUGAUUUCCUUGACUCCUGAAAAUGAAUAUUAGUCCCUAUAAUAUACUUUCAUGGGCAAAUGUCUGCAGUGGCAACAUGAUAUUUUUUCCAAAAAAAAUUAAAAUAUGUGAUUGUCAACCUGACAUUUCACCUAG